AUGAAGAAGGGUUCCAGGGCCACAGAGGCCGUGGGCAGGAAUAUGCUUGGCCAGGCUGAGCUGAUGAAGCUCAACAAGGAGACAGAUGACAUGAAAAAGGAGGCCUUGCAGGCGGCAGAGAAGGCGCAGCAAGCUGAGAAGACUCGCGAUGCUGCCAAGAAGGAAGCCGAGGCCGCGACUUCCAAGCUGAAAUCGGCUGAUGCGGUUUACAAAGUGGCAAGCGAGCACCUGAAAGCUUCUGCGAAGAAGCUGAAGGAAGUUCAAGCCAAAAUUCCCGCAGCGCACGACAGCAUUGAUGCCCGAGCUGCCGAGUAUCAGGCAGCUGAGAAAGCAGCGGCCGCUGCACAAGAAACCGCCGAAAGUGCCCAGAAGGCAGCCCGACAGCGUGCCAAGGAAGCCGAGGCCCGGAAAGCCGCUGCUGAGAAGGCAAAGGCCAAAGCGAAGGAGGAGGCCGUUCGAGUAAAGGAAGAGGCUCGAGCCAAAGAGGAGGCGAAAAAGAAGAAGCCACUGCUCAAGAAGAGGAAACCAAAGAGCCCCUCCACAAGUCCUGCGCGAUCACCAGCUCCCUCGCAGUCGGAGCGCCCUGCUCCGAGUCUGAAAAAGAAGCUUCUCCUGACAAGCAAGAAGGAUUGCGGCUGCCGACCUCCAGCUUCCAUUAUGCCUGUAUAA